ACGGGCUCCAGACACGUGCUCCUCAUGUUGUCACGUGCGGAGUACAAGCAUAGGAAGCGAAGCGUUUUGGAUGAACAGUGUCUUACGUUGUUCACAUGUGCGGGCCCUUCAAAACCAGUAUAGUGUACCACUCCACUACACCACUGCUACUACUGCUUCUACUUCUUCUACUACCACCACCUUCUUACUUCUUACUUCUCUUUCACUCUGGUCCCUUAUCAAACUCUAACUAGCUCCACCAAAACCUCUCUCUCUCUCUCUCUCUCUAGAUUUUGGUUUUUCUACUUCUUGUUCUUGCUGUAGCUGAACCUUCCCUUUCUUCUUGUUCUGUUUCAUUUGUUGUUUCUUGUGUUGGCAAUGAUGGAUACUGAAGAUCAAAGAAAAACUCACACUCCAGGGCAUGAGAGUCAUGGAGUUCAUCUCUGUCACAAAUGUGGAUGGCCUUUCCCGAAUCCACAUCCAAGUGCCAAGCACAGGCGUGCUCACAAGAAGAUCUGUGGAACCAUUGAAGGUUACAAGCUGUGUUCCUCCGAGGAACAAUCUCGCUCAAACGGCUCAGAUGAUGGACAUGGUUCUGAUGAUGAUAAAAAAUCCCCAGGUCCAGAGGUCUUGAAUAUAGGCAACAAGGAGAAGGAUGAUAGUGGAAUUGGAGACAAAAUAAAUAGAUCAGAAGAUGAGGUGUUUUCAGAUGCAGUUGCAGACUUUUCAGAUAGUCAAGGAGUUAAGGAAUCUUUGCAGGAAGGUAGUUUGGACUCAAGUACCAGUGUGGAACGGGAUGGCAAAGAUGAUCCAAAAUUUUCAGGGUCUUCCAAGGACAGUGAUUUCAAUGAUGCGGUUGAGAGUCAGUUAACUUUUGAGUCAAAGGAUGGCUGUCAAAAUCAGCACACUAAAAUUUUGCAAGGUGAAAGGGUUGAAGAGGAAAACUUACCAGAAUUGCAAGAUCAAUUGUCAGGAUCCACUGCGACACCAUUAUCUGAUCCCAUUGCAGAUUUAGGAGCUGAAGAAUCAGCUGUUGUCCAUAGUAAAGAUAUCUUUGGCUUGUCAAUUGAAUCACAUCCCAGCAAACCUGAAGCCGUGCCGGAUUUGUUGCCUGAAAAUACAGUCAAUGCCGGUGAAAAUGUGACAGAUUGCAAUAUGAGAUCUGCUGUAUUGGAUACUAUUUCGGAAGGAAAGGAUGAGGUUAACCUCAUAGUUAGUGAUUCUACUACCUUUGGUUUGUCAUCUGAAUCACGUCCUGAAAAAGCUGAAGCCAUGCCAGAUGUAUUGCCUGAAAAUGAUAUCCAAGCUGGAGAAAAUGUGACAGAUUUCAGUCUGACAUCUGCUGCAUUGGAUACUAAUUCGAAAGGGAAGGACAAGAUUAGGUCUGAUCAGGAUGAAGUUGAAACAUGUGAAGGGGAGUCUAAAAUGGCAGUUAAGGAUGCAAUGAAUGUUGGCUCGUCACCUGUAUCAGAUCCCCACAAAGCUGAAGUGAUGCCAGAUGUAUUGCCUAAAAAUAAGAUAUAUGCUGAUGAAAAUGUGAGAGAUUGCGUUUUUACAUCUGAAUUGGGGACUAGUUUGAAGGGAAAGGAUGAGAUCAAAACAGAUGUUGAAGGAGUUGAAAUUACAGUCCCUUCUGAUACUGGUGUUGGUGCAAAUGAAGACAACUCUGCAAUAUCAGUUAGAGAUGCAGUUAAAUUGGAUCCUCAAGUGGCUGGUGGAGCUGUUAAUCUGAAGGAAAAAGACAGUGCCGAGUUCCCUUCUGUGCUUGGCCAAGAUGAUUCCCCACUUGGUUCAAAUUCUGUUGUAAUAACAAAUGCUUCAAUAAGUGAUGUACAGGUAGAGUCUGCUCGUGUUCAGUUUUCUAAUUCUAGUGAUGCUCAGACUUUGCUUGAAAAGGAAGAAGAAAAUACUAAUUCUAAUAUCCUUCCUACAAGUGAUGAUAGAACUGAAGUAUCACCAUCACAAGGUGAGUAUGAAGAUCUUGAAAGGGUGCUAUCUCGAGAUCUUUCAGGCCUAGAUUUGUCUGACCAAAACAAUGAAGUUACUGAGGAAAAUAGUUUUACUUUUAACCCAAGCCAAUUGACUGGGAAAAACUAUGCCUCUCCAGAUGUGCAUGUUAUUGAUAGCUUGGAUAUCAUGAACAAGGAACUGGUCAAAAGUGAGCCUGUGGCUGAAGAAAUGCCCAUUGAGGAGCACACUGAAGUUUCUCCAGACAAACUUACCGUUGAAGGUUCUCAAAUGUCAGAAGAAAUUGAUUUGUCUUUGAAUGAGAGGAAUGAGAGCCAUAUGGUUCACUUUUCUGUAGAGCAAGGACCCGUUGAUGUUGAAAAUUCGCAGCAGAUAAGCUUAGAAAGUAUCUCAGUGCCCUCAUUAAAUGAAAGUCUGGGUAACAAAUCCUUCGGUGCUGAGACCAGUGAAACUAGUGUAAUCAGCAUAGACAACACAAGUCAUCAUGAGAUAAAAGAAACUGAAAUAAUUGGUGUAGCUGUAAAUGGAAUGGAUGAAGGAGCUAACUUGGAAGAUGAUCUCCACCAGACUGACAUGUUAUUGGAAGCCAACCAAUCAAGUAACUUAUCCAAGAAUGAGCAUGCUGGUGAAAUUGAUAAAACUACUCGUGAUCUAUGUGGGGAACCUGCUAGCAAUCAGGAGAAAAGACCGGUUAUUUCAGAUUAUGUAAUUGAUGAGCCCACAGGAAAGUCAAUGGUCAUAGAGUGCAAAGAUAUAGAUCCUAAAUCAGAAACCCGGGAAGAUGUCAGAGAACAUGAGGAAUGUAAUAGAUCUGUUGGUACUUCUUCUGAAUCACAUCAAGCACAGGAUGAAGGACUAUUACUGAAGGCCACAGAAGAUGUUGGGAAGCAUUCAUCACUGCCUUGUAUAAAUUCUGAGCCAUCUGCUCAGAAUGAUUCUGCUGUUAAACAUGAUCAAGGUGGUCAGCCUGGCAAGGAAAUUUCUGGUGUUUCUGCGACGCCUGUUCAAGAUCAAAGUGGUAAUGACAUGGUUAAACAUAUUUCAUCUGGAAUCGAUGCUUCGGUUUACUCCAGUAGCCGGUGUGACAGUUUGGAAGCCAAUUGGGGAUCUGUUUCAGAAGUGGGGAAAUCCAACUUGAUCAAUUCAAAAGCUAUGUCUGAGAAACAGCCAUCUGGAAAAUCAGAAAUGUUUGAAGCACCAUCUUUCAUGACAUUGGUAGAACCUAGGGAUGCUGCUAGCCAUAAAGCACCUGCAUCUGAAGACCAAAAGGGGAAGAAUUCGAGUUCCACUUUGCAGGCUGGUUGGUUUACCUCUCAAACUCAGGCCAUGAAUGAGUCUCAAGGGAGAAACAAGAAUGAAGAGAUAAUAGCAAAGGUGACAAACUGGAGCACCCCUAAGGAGCACACCCCUCUGAAGAGCCUCUUAGGUGAGGCUGUUCACAGCCACAGCCCAAGUUCUCCAAAAUUGGAAGAAAACUUGGCAAGCAGAAAGAAUGGUAAACUUCCACAAAACAAUGGUUCUGGAUUGACAACUGUUAACUCCAUUCUAGGUCCUGAAUCGCCUUCAGCUCAAGCUCUGAUAAACGACGCUGCAAAAGAAUGGAACUCACCGGCAAGAUAUCCUGCAGAAAUGAAGAGGGAAAAGAGGAAAGCCAAGAGCAGACCAUAUUGGAUACAAUUAGUAUGUUGCUCAUCAGUGGAUCUUCAGAGAAGGCAAAAAACUGCCAUAUGAUGGUUAUGGUUAUAGUUAUAGUUAUUCUCAUGCUAUUUGGGGUCUUGUCUGCUUCUAGAGUUGAGAUACAUAUUUUGAUCAUGCGUCUCAUUCUAUUGAACUGGAUAGCCUCCUAGAAGUUUGGUUGUAUAUUUGAAGCAUGUUCAGUUGUCAUUACUGUUUAUGUUAUUUUAAUGUAUCAUUAUCAUGGCUUUGGUGCCUUGUUAUAUAUUGAAAAUUAAGAAAACGUUGUGAUCUUGUGAGCUUU